AUGGGGGUGUUAUUAUUAAUGUGCUUAGUUAUAUUUCUUUCGAAACGUGGAAAAAAUAUUUUUUUCAGUGGGAUUCCAGCAACUUCAUCAUCCUAUGAAACGAAUUCCAAUGAUAUUUCACUACCUUCGAAUAUAAUAAAAGGCAUCGUUAGUGGCGCUGCUUCACAUUCUUCAACAACUCAACGUUUACAACGAAUUAUUGCGUUUUUUACGUCAAAUGAUAGUAAUCAGAAUAAGAUUAAAUCGUUCUCUUCGUCGAAUAAUGGUAAACGACGAUUAAAACGUUCAAUAACCACAAUUUUUGCUAGUGGUAAUACAACAGGAACUUGCACACGUGAAAAUUUUUCAAACGUGGAUCAUGUUACAUGCUCAUCUUAUAUUCCAGUUAAUGCAAAGAAUAUUCAUAAACAAGGACAACUUCUUCAUCAGGAAGUUUCAUUUGGUGAAUUAAUAAAAUUCAGCAAUAAACAUUGGCAACAAUAUUGGGUAAUUUUGCAAAAUUCAGAUUUGUAUCUUUGUGGGCAACUAAAUUCACAUAUCAGUGAUGAUACGAACGAAGUGGUAUUAAACAUUCCAUCGGAUAGUCGUAUAAUAAAUCUGAAAUCUGCAAUCGUCGAUAUUGCUUAUGAUUUUUUAAAUAAUAAACUAAUAAACAGUAAGAAGGAAUACGUAUUACGAAUUGUAACUCAAAUUCAUCAAGAGCAUCUUUUUUUAUCCGCAAGCGAAAAAGAGAUGUUGGAAUGGAUAAGCACUAUUCGACAUGUAAUAUCCAAAGCAUAUAGUGAUAAAAAUGAUUCAAUGAAGAUUAACAAUGUAGUUAAAACAAUCAAAUCGAAUUCCAUUGAUUCCCGGUAUAUGAAUCGAGGGAAUGGUUAUUACUUAAAUUAUCCUCUUAUUUAUAUGGGAGGACAGCCAAAUGGAUGCUUAAACAAUCGUUUUACAACUCAGUCCGAAAUAUUUGUGCACUUAAAUAAUCAUCGUUCCUAA